AUGAUGCUGACCAAUUUCGACGAGCUCAUUCUGAGUCUUGAUAAAGAUGAUGCAUUAAAGUUUGCAAGCGAAACGUACCUACAUCUCACAAACUCGGAUCCCUUAGGGGAUGAAGCCAACUGUCAAGAGAUUUGGUACAAGUUGACGCGAUUGAUACACGAGCUAUGUAAGACACAAUCAAGUGAGGGCGAAACGAAAGGGAAGUCAAAAGAUGCAAACUCGAGUGAGUCAAUAAAGCAGAAGAUGUCAUUGAAUUUGAUCAAGCUCCUUUCUAGAGACAUUGUGAUUGUUCUCGAAAAGCUCCCUAACAAAAUCUACGACACUGCAAAUGACCUUUUUCCGUACCUUGAAGUGAACGACUUGGGCGAACUCAGCAUUCCUGGAAAGGCUGCAAGCGUCGUGCUCAUCGACCUUUUUGAGAAUUAUCCGCACCACUUGACCUCGCUUCUCAACUUUGGGGCCACCGUUGCGUACAAGCUUCUCAAGAAGUGUAAUUCAACCAAUAUCAUCUAUUUACUCAGCACCGUACUCAAAAAUGCGCUGAAGUCAGAUAUUGAUGAGAAGAUGCAAGCUAAACUAACCAAACAUCUUCUGAAGAGCAUUCUCGUGAGCACCAUAUCUUCCAACGCCAGCACUCUGGACUCGAACACCUCGUCCAUCUUACAAGUCGAGUACUAUAUUGAGGCUCUCAAAAAUAUAUUGAUACUACUGUCUGCAUCACACUACGAGCAGCUUUUAGAGUUUUCAGCUUCAACUUCAUCAGGAUCGAAAUUAAAGCCAGAAGCAAUAAUGACUCAGCAGCACCAGUUUCAAUCAAAUAUGUUGAACACUCAAAAAAAAAUAUUCCAAUUUGGUUUUGCAUCCGAGUUCCCUCAGAUUCGUUCUGCCACAGCUCAGUUUUUAGCUCACUUAUUACACAAUUUUGUCGACACGGGAAAAUUCACGGCUAUCGAUUAUAUAGUAGAGUCGUACCCGUUACCUGUCGUCGGUUUGUUGAAUAAUGAAGCUUCCCACACCCUUGAAAUUGACGGUGAAAUCAUCACGUCCCUGAGGGAAGAGCAAAAUGUAAUUUCAGUGCACAAUAGUGAAGGUAUAAUUGAUGCCGCUUUGAGCUUCAGAAAUAUUCAGUCUGGCUACAUCGAGUCUCUCGUCAUGUACUUACAACUUCAGCAAUUUCAAGAGUGGAGCUUCCUCUCCAAUAAGGUUUGCUCGAUAUUUGACACUAUAUUAUUGAAGUUUGCUGCUUUAAACAACUCAGAGAACGCACCAAAUUCUGAGUGGAGUAUAGUGCUCUCUCACUGGAAAAUUGUCAUUGACUUUCUACUCAAAGAAAGCGGUGCGCCAGUCCAUGAACUCGUCGCACAAUACAUUGUUCAUCGCUUCUCAACCACAGCUGGGCAGUUUUCAAGAGCAGACUCACAGACUAUACAUGCCACACAAGGUAAGAAGCAAGAUUCUAAAAUUUUUGGCUUUAAAUCAACUAAAAAAUCCAAAACUAAGGGGGAUGGUUCAAUCUCAAUUAACCCUUACACCAACCCCUACCAACUAUCGCUCUUGCUAGUGGUUGUCGAUUACCUUGUUCCAUAUGCCAUCGAUUUCAAUUCCUUAGAUGACCAAACCCUUGCUUUAAAGAAUGAGGAUGGUGACUCCGCACACAUCAAUGACGACGAGAAAAGCGACUCCGCAGACGAUGAUGAAGCCGUCCCAUCCAAAGGAAAUGACUAUAUUUGUGAGCUACUAGUCUCUUUGCUUGUCAAUAAAUUAGAACAAACGAGAAACCAUGCGACGUCAUCUCUUCUCCAUUAUGCAAGCAUUAACAAGUCUCAGAGUAAUAGCCUUAUUCUUCGAUUAUUCCAUUCAGUCACUCUGGAAUUGAGUAAUUCUGAGUUGCAAAGAGACGCGAGUUCUACAGAGAGAAAUGUCUCUCCCUAUGUCUUAACGAGAUUGUUGAGUAAUUCAUUGGCGCUACUGUCUUUGUUGAAGCAAGCGGAUUCCACUAUUCUUCAAAAUUCUACUAUCGCCAAAAUACUAAGUUUUUGCACACAAAAUUUGAAACACGGUGGUAAUACGAGUAAGAGGUUUCUUAGCAAUGCCGCAUGCUGGAUUAUCAUGGCUAGUCUUGUCACGUUCAGCGAAACUUCGGAGUUUGUAAAACUCAAUUCCUCCCAAUUUUUGGUCUUCUGGAAAAACCUUCUAACGUCUCAAUUAGUGAGUGCGGACUUAGGGAGUACUUCAGACGCUUCUCACGUAAAUGAGAUUAUGAACAACCUCAUGUUACGAUCUUUGAGUCUCUUGUGCUUGCACAACUACAUCGAUUCUAUUGCGUCUACUGCAGAUAUUCCGAGUCAGUUACAGUUCCUUCUUGUCAAGUCGUACAAUUAUCUCACUUAUUUGGAAUCCACCUUUGAAGACGUUGGUGCAAUCACGGCGUUUAAUUCACAUUCGUUUAAUGAAAGCAAUUUCAAUCCAAACUCAAUCGGCAAUCUCAUAUUUUCAACUUAUCACACUUCGAAGCUUCUACCAGCGAAGCAUAGACUAGCCAGUUUGAUACUAUACAACAAAAAGGUUGUUCUUCAGGGGUUCAUCAAACUUGCUCCUACCCUUAAACGUGAUGUCAAUUCUAGCUUAGUGGUUUUCCUCACACGUGUUUUUGCUGAUGUCAAGUGUUUCUCAAGGUUGCUCACCAACGAUCCAUCAAAGGAGAGAAGCAAACUGAGGAAGCAUAAAGGUGCUCUACACAGGGCCGCUCAUAGAAAUCACACAUUAAUCAAACUCCAGGACGACUACAAUUAUGAGUUUGGUGUAACAAGCAAGUUUGCUUCGUUGGGCUGCCCCGACAAGAUGUCCUUAACAAAGGACUCCAUCAAUACAAACCUGUACUCUAGCUCCAAAUGGGAGCCUACGUUUUUGAGUUGGCCCUCCUGGUUUGAACAAAGAGUCAUGCAAGGUUCGGUUUUCGCAUACAAUCAAGAUCCAGCUUCUUUUUUGUUGACUGGGACUCGAGAUCAGACGUAUUGUGCAAAAAGUAUUUUGAGAUCAAUUGUUGACUUCUCUAUUGAGCUUUUUCAAUACGUUUUCCCAAACUUGACCUUCAAGAUUCAGUUUUCACUUCUUGAACAGCUUAGGUCAUCAUUGUCUCAAAAGACUGUCGAUCCAAUGAGGAAGUUAGCAAUUCAAGUGAAUGACACCAUCGCACUUAAUAGGCUAUUGAGAUACAUUAACGAGUCAAAGAGUAUUGUGGAUAGUGAAAUUCUCGAUGCCAUUCUCACCACUGUGGAAACGAUCAACUUCAGUAACAUUCUGCUUGAUAAUUUCAAUGCAGAGACUGUCGGGAUGGUCUGCAAGAUGUUACCAAACGAUGACGUUGAGAGAAUCAUAGCACGGUACAUAAACGAAAUUGUUUCCCAGACCGAUCCUCUCGUCAGAGGAAGAAUGCUCUUGUUUCUUUCCGCUAUUUUCAAACACAGCCAUCGUGGAUUUUCGGAUGUGCUUGACGUCAUUUUGCAACUUAUGAGGGAUCCCAAUCCAGUGAUGGCAUAUUACUCAUCCAGUGCAGCAGUUGUCCUCUUGGAAAACUCACUUGGAAAUUCUUAUUUAGUGAAACAAUUGAUUUCACUAAUACACUGCAAUAUUCUCAACGACUCAUUUGGUCUUCAUUUUGAAAAUGAGCUCAUGGAGAAUCAGCGCCUCUGUUAUCACGUUCAAGCGAACUAUUCAAAAAUAAUGUGUUUUGGUAUAACCUCUCUUGGACCAGCGCUCAAAUCAUGUGACGACAAUCUCAAGCAAGCCUUCACAGAUUUGCUCGUGUAUUUCGCUAACGGUAUUGGAAACUGCGAUUCAGAUGAGUGUGUCAAUGUUACUAGAGAUGUUCUCAGUGCCUUUCAACAAAUUCUCAUUUUUGACAGUUCAUUCACUCCAAGGUUUUCAGCGUGGUUUCAUAGACAAGCGGUAGAUGUGAUAAAGGCUAACAUGAAACUUGGAAUUGGAGUAGUAAGUCCAACGUUCCCUUCUGCUGAAUCAAUUUUUCCAGUCUCGACCUCGAUCGAGUUAUACGAUCUUGGUUUUUCCAGUAUCUUGGAGAUGACAAAAGUUGGUAUUCCUACUUUGAACAAGGAGAACGUGAACCUUGCGUGGAUUGCAAUGGAGAUUAAUCCUACCAAUUCGUUAAUGGAGCUUAUUGACUACUGGGUCGACUCCCACCCCGAGAAAGAUUGGUUUUCGCAGGUGAAUGCCUUGUUCAAGCUGUCUGCAAAAAGAUUAACAGGUCCUUUUUUGGAGCAGACAUAUCAGUUAAAGCUUCUUCCUUUAACACAAAGACGGAAGAAGAAGAACAGCAAUUCCAUCGACAUGAAGGAUGAUGAAGUGAAAAACAUAGUCAACGAGGACGCUGAUUCAGAAGACAAGAAUGAACCGAUCACUUGGGAGUUCCGCCUGUUCUUAUAUGAUGUUAUGAUUCACAUAAUGAAUGCUGCAAGAAGGAAUUCAAAGCUCGCGUCAUCAUUGACCAGCAAAAUUCAAGAGAUUGUGCGGAUGUCAUUUUUGGGCACUACUUCGCCAAUUACUGCAAUUCAGUUGAAAGGGAUAGAAUUGCUUGACAGCACACUUAGUCUUUUUGGUCAGCUUCAAGAUCCUCUUUAUCCAGGAAUAUCUAUUUUAGAGCAACAGCAAGCUCAGAUUAUCAGUGCAGUGGUGCCAUGCUUCGGACCUCACAGCAAUACUGAAGUCAUCGUAAACGCAAUCAGUGUUUCGUCUAAAUUCAUGAACCUUCCAAGAAUCAAAUUUUACUCCAAGCAAAGGAUCUUGAAGACCUUAGUUUGCUUGCUUGAAGAGAUCUCUUCCAACAAGUUUAUAAAGUUUACUUACUUGGAAGCCAUGUCAGAGUUCAACAGAAAGGCAAUUCAACUUUCAAUCUUGAAUUGUUGGGCUGUUGUAAAGAUUAAUUUUGAGGAGUCGACACAAGAGGCGAAUGAGCAAUUUGCUUCAAUCUUGACAAAGUAUUCCGAUUUGUUGGUCUCACUUUGGAUCUUGGCCUUGAAGGAUCUUUCUACUCUAAGAUAUUGUCAACCGUCGAGCAAAGAAAUCCCGCUUUACGGCGACUGUUGGUUGAAUUUUGUUGAGGUUUUGACGAUCGAGCUUGAGCUGAAUUCUACGAAGAUUACUGAACUCCUUCAAGAUGAUUCAAGCGACUUUUUCUUCGUGUUGUUCUGUCAAUGUGCAGAGGCAUUGAUAAAGAGUUUGGAUACUCCACGUGUACUUCUGUCAAUGAAACGUCUUGUGAGCAUACCAACUCUCGUUUCAAGUUUGAUAGCUGAUGACAUCUUUGGAGAAGUUAUUGAUCUACUUGACCGCCUCAUCCUUGUUGAAGAACCCACCGAAGCGAAAAUUGAAGUUAUCGAGAUCGCAUUUACAUUAUCUAGGGGGUGCGUGAAAGAAGUGGAUGGUCUGGAUAGUUCGACCAAGUUGUUUGAGCUUUUGCGAAUUGCCAUGCUCCCUUUGUUCAGCAAUUUCCCAUUCUUGAGAGAUGACUACGACCCUGAGGAGAUCACUCACCAGAUGACACUAAAAAAAUGUAAUUCCGCCUCCAGCUUGUUGAUUCUCAGAAAGCUGUUAUCUGCUGUGGUUCAAAUGUUGAGUAAUUUUGAUGGUCAGUCAAAAGCCAGUCUCUGCUCCUGUCUUUUUUACCUUUUUGCGAAAUUCUACGAGCACAACGACGACAAUUUAAUCGGAGUGAUUUUGCCCUACUUGAAACUUGUGAUGAACGAAUUAGGCAAAGAUAAAAGCACUGUUUUGAGUUCAUUCUUCACGCUCUUGAAGAGUCAGGGGUUCUUUGAUACUUCGAAGGGGAGAAACAAUCAGGUUAUUACUAUUAUUCUUUUAAUCACCAACAGUGAUAUCACACUUGAUGAGCAGGAAGCAGAGUAUCUUGCCAAUGCAAUAUUGGGUUUGAUCCUGGAUACCGAAUUUGCCUCGGCAGGAGUCCUGGCCGUUAAAUCGCUCUUGAAGGACACGAAGUCGCCACUCGAAUCGUCAGUCGUUAGAAACUUGAUGCUGAAGAUGGUGAAGCAAUUGGCCAAUGGAGACGAGAAAUCUACUGUUGACCCGCUCCUAGCUUUCGAAAUUGUUUGUGUAUUUUCUGUGUCAGAUUCGAUACAAAGUGACUUGGAGAGGGCCGUAUCCUUGUAUGCGAUGCUUCUUCCGCUCUUUGUGAAACACGACAAUGCUGGCAUUGUUAGUGAGGACUACCUACACGGAAAAACGGUGUUACUACUUAACAGAAAUCCUGAGGCGUUCAAGAGAGUUGUGAAUGAGUACCUUGAUGAGGAACAAAAGAAGCAUACCGAAAGUUUAGUGAAGAAAACUAGAAGCCACAAUCAAGUCUCGGAUGCAAAUGACUCUACUAUUGAACUAAAGACAUUUGGGUGA